AUGGCCGGUAACAGUUUAAUGAGUGAAAUAGGGGUAAUUAAAAAGCCGCCCAAACAAAUUGGUUUAACCUACUCUUUAAAUCUGAUUAAAACUCAGAGUACUAAAUCCGGCACCUCACCUGUCCGUAGACCUCCAACGAUGGAAGCUUUUGCAGGUGCAUAUAAAAUUCAGCAAGAUAGUUCAGCUUCAAGCCCUGUUAGACGGUCAGAUUAUUCAGCAAGAGACCAAAUGAAGAGUGAUUUUUCAAACCGGCUGGAAGAAAGUUCCGCUGCUAUGGAAAACCUGCAAUUUCGUACUUCGUUAUCUAGCUCCAAACUUUCGGCUCUGAGAUAUCCCCUUGUUUCCCAAAGAAUUGGAUUACAGCUGAGUAAUAGAAGACAUUUUCUGCCCACGACCAUCGGUGAAGGCGGUCGUGAUUGGAUUUUGGGACGCCAAGUUCUCAAUGAGGUUUCGAAGAUGGGGCAAAGACAGGUAGAGAGACGAACAGAGGGAGAAGAUAUAGGCAAAGAAUAUGAAGGGGAGGCAGGAGAAGAAGAGGAAGAAGGAGAAUUAGAGGAAGAGGAUGAACAAGGGCGGGAACAGGAAAAUGAUCAGGGAGAGGAGGAGGAGGACGAGGAGGAGGAAGAGGAGGAGGAGGAGGAGAAGGAGGAGGAUGAGGAAGAGGAGGAAGAGGAGGAAGAUGAGGAAGAAGAGGAACAGGAGGAAGAGGAGGAAGAGGAGGAAGAUGAGGAAGAGAAAGAUGAGGAAGAGGAGGAAGAGGAAGAGGAGGAAGAAAAAGAGGAGGAAGAGGAGGAGGAAGAGGAGGAAGAGGACGAGAACGAGGAAGAGGAGGAGGAGGAAGGAGAGGGGGAGGUGACUGCAGAAGAUGAGGAAGAAGAACUUGAUGCUAAGAAAGAUGAAGAUGAAGAUGAAGAUGCAAGUGAGGAAAGACUAACUUCAGACCAAUUAAAAUCAAAGAAACAGGCAUCCUUACAAGUAAACGUGUAUUCAGCACAACCCGAGCAACACUACUUGUAUCCGCACAUAUAUCAGCCUGCAUCUAGACCUUCGGGCAAGCAAGGAUCGCAUAGAAAUAGUGAACAGAUCGACUCAUAUUCACUCAGCUGCCCAUUCAGAGUCCAAGCCAAUAGGUCUUCUCGCCGUCUGGGCAACCAAGAUAUUCAUGGCCAGUCGACUGAUACUAGUCAAACGACAUCGCUGUUCAGCGGACCAAGCAGUCUGAGCAGCACCACAGGACAAGGUGGUUGGAACGAUGGCAGGCAACGUGUAACAAGAGUAAGGUCUUCAAGAAUUGGCGAACGUAGUCAGGCUAAAGAGAGCAAAGGUGUCUCGAGCUAUGGCAUGUCAGACAAAAAGAGAGAAGAAAUAGUAAAAAAUGAUAGAUUAGAAUAUUUUAUUGAUGCAAAAAGAGGAGAAAGGAGGAGGAUAACCAGAGGGCCAUCGAAUAAACGAUCGCAUAUCAGGCGCACGAAUAAUGUUAAUAGCCGAAAUCUAAGUUCAGAACAUCACAUAUACCAGAAUCUCAACUUAUUCUCUAGCGUCGAGUCCUCCCUACCAUACUCAAGAACCCAAGGCAUCUGCGAACAAGCCACACGAUCACCUCCUCCAUUACCCGCCAGAACAGGAAAAGUUAUAGAAAUGGACACGAAAAUUCGCAAUACCAAGAAAGCCUUGUCAUCAUAUCUCUAUAAAGUGCCUAUAUUUGGAGCAGAAACUCAAUCUUACUCAACAACAAAACCCAGUGAGUUAAAACUUAUAUUUCUCACCUUUUUUUACAGUCCAUUAAUCAAAAAAUACAUAUUUUAG